ACGCCUCCCUCUGCUAACAGACAUUUUUGCGAUUCCAGUUGACGGGCAACAGGAAAUAGACCUCGAUUUAGUCUUUAAAGGUUUGCUUUUUGUGCUGCCCGAAUACAGGACUCAACAUGUUCUACACGUGUGGACCCAAUGAAGCCAUGGUGGUGUCUGGCUUUGGCCGCUCUCCACCUCUCAUGAUUGCUGGAGGAAGAGUGUUUGUCGUCCCGUGUAUUCAGCAAAUCCAGAGAAUCACACUCAACACCCUGACUCUUAAUGUGAAGAGUGACAAAGUGUACACCCGUCACGGUGUCCCAAUCUCUGUCACUGGCAUCGCACAGGUGAAGAUCCAGGGCCAGAACAAGGAGAUGUUGGCCACUGCCUGUCAGAUGUUCAUGGGCAAGUCUGAGGGUGAGAUUGCUCAGAUUGCACUGGAGACACUGGAGGGACACCAGAGAGCCAUUAUCGCCCAUUUGACUGUGGAGGAGAUCUACCAGGACCGUAAGAAGUUCUCCGAGCAAGUCUUUAAAGUGGCCUCCUCUGACCUGGUCAACAUGGGAAUUGGUGUUGUCAGCUACACGCUCAAAGAUGUUCACGAUGAUCAGGAUUACCUUCACUCACUGGGUAAAGCCAGAACAGCCCAGGUGCAGAAGGAUGCCAGGAUUGGAGAGGCUCAGUACAAACGGGAUGCUGUCAUCAGGGAAGCCCACGCAAUGCAGGAGAAGGUGUCAGCUCAAUAUAAGAACGAGAUUGAAAUGGCAAAAGCCCAGAGAGACUACGAGCUGAAGAAAGCAGCCUAUGACGUUGAGGUCAACACCAAGAAGGCUGAGUCAGAAAUGGCCUAUCAACUUCAGGUGGCUAAGACCAAGCAGCGUAUUGAGGAGGAGAAGAUGCAGGUUCAGGUGGUUGAGCGUACACAGCAGAUUACGCUGCAGGAGCAGGAGAUUAUCCGCAAGGAAAAGGAGCUGGAGGCCAAAGUUAAGAAGCCCGCAGAUGCCGAGAAAUACCGACUGGAGAAGUUGGCUGAGGCGCAGCGCGCGCAGCUCAUCAUGGAGGCAGAGGCCGAGGCCGAGUCCAUCAAAAUGAAGGGCGACGCAGAGGCUUUCGCUCUAGAGGCUAAGGGCCGUGCUGAGGCCGAGCAGAUGGCCAAAAAGGCUGAAUCCUUCAAGCAGUACAAAGAAGGAGCCAUGGUGGACAUGCUGCUGGAGAAACUGCCAUUGAUGGCCGAGGAGAUCAGUAGGCCACUGUCAGCGGCCCAGAAGGUCACCAUGGUGUCCAGUGGUGGCUCAGAGUGGGAGCAGCCAAACUUGCUGGAGAGGUGCUAGACAUCAUGACCAGGCUGCCGGUGGCUGUGGAGAAACUCACUGGAGUUGACAUCUCCCAGGCUGCAGGAAAGACCACCUGUGUGUAUUGAGAAGAAAGGGAGCAGGAACGCAAUCAGGAGAGUUGGCGACAAUAUUUAGGCGAAGAGCUCCACAUCUCCUUGUGCCUGUAACCACUGUGCUGACUCGCAACACCAUAGCACCAUAGUCCCGUCUCAUUGUCAGUAUGCAUGCAUGUGUUUCAUUUGAGUUCCUUCUUCAUCUACACAGGAUGCAAUUUUUAUCUCCUCAAUGAUGUGGUUUCGUGUCCCAGAUCGUUGUGCUUUCUGCUGUAAAUCGAGCAGCUACAAAAGAUAGAAUUUCUGACGACGCUCCCCUUUUUUAAAAUAUAUAUAUGUAUGGAGGAGACAAAAGCCUCAUCCCACUUUAGCCAGUGAUACCCCGAGAGGAAAAGUUUCUGGCUGCUGUCCAAAUUAUGUCCUGUGCCUUUCAAUUCAUUCAAUUAAGCAAAGAAAUCGAGCUAGUUCAGGUAGCCCAGGUCGAGUUUGCUGCAACACAUCCAAUUAAUAAUGUCGGUGUUCCUGAACUGUCAGUGUCACGGAGUAUUUACCUGCAGGCUCUGAGUCUGACGAGCCUUUAGCCUGAUGUUCCCUGUAGAGAAGCGACCAGGUCAGAGCUUGGACGCCCGACAUUAAUUCUGUCCUACAUUUAGUUCGUGUGAGAUGGCCGACGGACAUCUUGCUGUGUUAUUUUAUCACACCACCACCUUCUAGUUUUGUGUGUGGAGAUAUUAUUACUGACAUCCAUGUUUUUUAUAUAUACUAGACACAUCAGGCAUUCUGUGUUUGUUUUGUCCUCACUGAUCUGCUAUAAAGUGGAGGUGUUGCGAGUGUACGUCACUGAUGUCUGUUUAGUAACUGACUACACUAAUGGCCCCGAAAUCAUCAACUCAAACUGCAGGUGGAAAGAUUUUUCUUUGUUUUAAAAUGAGGAGGGGGGAAGUGGUUGAUGAGAACAAGGAAUGAGGUUUUCCUGUUUAAAGCAAUGCAAGUAGGUUGCGGUGAGAAAAGCUGCAGAGUUUUUGUUGUCAAUGUUACAGUCUCGGCUUUUAAUCAGUAAGGAACAUUAUGUUACGGACUCACUAACCAGCGUGCUGCCUUCCUUUGCUUGCUGACUUUAAUCUGAAAUGAUAUGAGACAUAGUGUCGUUUUUAUUGUCUUUUUAUCUGUUGUACUAAUUUUCUAUGAUAGUCUGAUCCCGAGUAUUAUUGAUUAUCGCUGAUUUUAGUAGGUUUUUGAACGUAUCAUAGCCCAGUGGUUUAGAUCAGGACUUUAUAUUCUCCUUUUUUCAGACUCACUAACUAUUCAAAGUUUUCCAGCUUCCAAGCUUUAUGCAUUUUUCCACCGCCAAGUGCCUGUUCAGACCUCCUCAGUCAAGUUUACCUCUGUAGUUGACCUUAUUAAAACUUCUGUCAGGGAAUAGCUCCUCAUAUCCGACUGAUCUUAAGCCAUUGGUCAUCACUAUUGAUGGCCUGCAAGUGAAAGCCAAAUUAGUCUCGACUCCUUUCGUAUAUUCUUGUGACUAACGCUUUCUCUCAAAACCUGUCGCAUGUCUGUUUUUAGUUGAUAUGAAAAAUAGUUCCUGAUUAGUGUUAAAGUCGGCUGCUUGUGUCAAUAUUCAAGAUUAUCUAUAGACUGAUAAUAAAAUAUGUUUAAAUCACUGAAACCA